AUGACAGGCGACCCGAGUCCCUUGCAAUCGACGAAUUGCAAAACGCAUAACUAUGAGCGUACUAGUCCUCCAUAUCAAAACAACGGCUUCUCCAGCUCUAGAGUCAUGGCUUUAACGGGAAAGAAGCACUCCAACCUAGAAAAUGACCUGACAAUCGGCACAAACAAGGAAAGUGGCCCAGAGCGACCUCUUCUCAACCAGACGUUAAACCGGGUACCGUCAACUCUUCAUGGGUUAUCCCAAACUCUAACUGAGUUUUCUCCAGAAAACAUUGGGGCUUCACUUAAAAUGUUCAUAUAA